AUGGCGGGUCUUCACAAGCGUUGGGCUCUACCGAAGCAAGAGAGUAGUAUUGCCCCACAGCAUGUGUGGAGCAAUGCGGAUCAAGAUCCAGUGCCCCCAGAGAGAUGGACCUGGACUGGGUGGACCUUCACCCAAUACUGGUUGUCAGACCUGGUCACUGUCUCAACUUGGUCCGCGGCGAGCUCUGCGUAUGCAUCGGGCUUGUCGGCUACGGACACAGUGUUGUUGACGCUGGUCGCAGCAAUAUGCAAUGCUAUUCCAACAGUGCUUAACGGGGUCGUAGGAGCUGACCUUCACAUCCCUUUCCCCGUGGCGAUUCGAGCCAGUUACGGGUCGUACUUUAGCUAUUUCUGCGUGGCCUCGCGUGCAAUUCUAGCCUUAUUCUGGUUUGGUAUUCAGAGUUCAUACGGAGGACAGUGUGUCACUCCCAUCAUCGUCGCCAUUUGGCCCAGCUAUGCCAACCUUCCUAACCAUCUGCCUGGUUCUGCGGCUAUCACAACCCAAGGAAUGGUUUCCUAUGUGAUUUACCACAUUAUCCAAGCGCCAUUCCUCUUUAUCCCUACACACAAACUUCAGUAUAUGUUCUAUGCCAAGUCAGCCCUCGUACCACCUAUGGCGCUAGCCAUGGUUAUCUGGAUCACUGUCAAGGCAGGGGGAGGAAGCGAUUUAUUUAAUGAGCCACCUUCUGUCCAUGGCGCUGCGCGGGCAUGGCUGUGGCUAAUGAACAUGACUUCAAUUACAGCAAAAAAGCCUACAAGCACACUUUGGCAACUACCGAUGAUCCCACUGUUCAAAGUCAUUACCGGUUUAUUUGGUAUCAUUGCGGCCGGUGCUUCGAAGCGCGUCUAUGGCACCAUUCUCUGGAGUCCAUUGCAGAUCAUUGAUGAGUGGCAAGGUUCUCCUGGUGGACGAGCAGCAGCUUUUUUCUGCGCAACCCUAUGGUUGAUAGCGCAAAUCUGCGCCAAUGUAUCGGCAAAUUCGAUCCCUUUUGCUAAUGAUAUGACAACGAUAUGGCCAAAAUGGUUUAAUAUCAAACGUGGAGUGGUUCUAUGCAUGGUUUUGGGUGGAUGGGCGCUGUGCCCCUGGAUCAUCAUUAAGAGUGGUGCCACUUUCCUCAGCUUCAUGGGUGCCUAUUCUAUAUUCAUGGCACCUAUCGCAGGUAUCCUCUGCUGCGACUACUGGUUCAUUAAGCGUCGCAAAUACGAUGUCCCUGCUCUUUAUGACCCGCGGGGGAUUUACUACUACCGAAUGGGCACAAAUUGGCGUGCUCUAAUAUGUAACCUGUUGGUGAUUGUGCCACUUUUGCCCGGAUUGGCACAUGCUGUGACUCCGGAGAAUGUCCAUAUCAACUCUGGGUUGCAGCAUCUGUAUGACAUCAAUUUUCUCUAUGGAUUUUGCCUAUCUAUCGUGUUGUACCUUUGCUUGAAUUACUUUUGGCCAGAUCAGGCAACUUUGGUCCCUAACGUGGUCCCCGGGGUGGUUCGCCCCCUGGAUGCAGUUGACUCGGAUUUGGAGGCAGAAGUCGGCGUGGAGAAGAGGACAACAGAUUUCUUUAGCAAGUCAAAGGACUCAUGA